AUGUCAUCUGUCUUUGUAUUAGGAGCAACUGGUUCAAUUGGUAUUGAUGUCAGUUUGUCUUUUUUGAACCAUGGAUUCAAGGUUUAUGGUUUGGCAAGAAAUCAAGAGAAAGCUGAUUAUUUGAUCUCCAAAGAAAUAAUACCUGUCAUUGGAAGUGCAUCUGAUGUAGAUGUAUGGGGACCAAUUGUUGAAAAGGUUGAUGUUGUUAUUGAAGCUAUUGCUGAUUUCAGUAAUCCACAAACAGCACAAACUAUUUUUAAUAAAUUGAAAGAAAUCACUGCCAAAAGACCAUCAUUGCUUCCUAUCUACACCUCUGGUACUUUGGUUUAUGGCGCAACUGACGCUGGUGAAUUCAUCGAUGAAAACACUACCUACAAACCAACUUUAGACGUGUUGCUUGAGAGAAUCAAGUUGGAGGAGAAAUACCGCGCUAUUGGUGGUGUUGUGAUCCAACCGUCGUUUGUCUAUGGAAGAGCUGGAUCUGGAUCUGGAUUGUACUUUAGAUUGGCAACUAAACCAAAAGAUGGUGUUGUCAGUGUCUUUGGUACCUCUGACCAAUAUCGUUCGUUUGUUCACUCCUACGACCUAGCCCAGCUCUAUUUACUGGCUGCACUAAAGUCAUCGAUCUCCAGAGGUCAGACCUAUAUUGCAUCGGUCAAUUACUUCAAAACAGAAGAAGUUAUAAGAGCAAUGGCCAGAGCUGCAAAUGUCGAAGUAAAAAGCGUUGUCUUUACAGAACCACCAAAAGAAGAUUUUCUCGCCAAUCUUUUGGCAGUAUCGAGCGUCACAGUGGGAAAGAAGGCGAUGUUGACAUUAGGUUGGAAUCCUCAACAACCAUCGAUCAUUGACGAUACCCAAAGAUAUUAUAAUGCUUGGAAUUUAUCAAAACCAGUACAUUUUCUUGAUGCUGAAAGUAGUACUAAAUAA